GCCGGGAUGCUAUUGACGUGGAGCGCUGUGCUUUGUUUACGCAUCUCCAGCGGCGGCGCUAAGCGGGCCAAGGCGGUCAGGCGCCGCAACGGAAAAACAACAGCCCCGCGGGUGCCAAUUGGCCGCCGUGGAUUGACGAGACCGCUCUUUUGUCUCGCGGCCUCGCUGUCUCAUCUCCUCCUUCUCUUCUCUCCCAAUUUCCCUUCCCCUUAACACCCAACAUUUAUUUUUUACUCUAUAGAUUUCGUUCAAGAUGUUCCUUUCUGAGAUGUAGAGGGCUGCAGCUUCGGCUGCAUCUUUGUCGCUCUUUCUCGUGGCAAAGGCCAAAACUCGAUCUGGGUACAGACUUUCAUUCCACACCGCCCAACGCCCCGCUAUGCCUCACAAGCAGAAGAAGAAUCACAAUCAUGCCCUCAAGAACGGCUCCCCCCGGGCGGAGAAAAAGCAAUUAGAUCCCGAAUCCACUCUUUUUGCUUCUCCAGUCCUAGCUCCGACGAACUAUCAGGAGAUCCAUAAGAACGAAGUUGAAGCUCUACAGUCAAUAUAUGGCGAUGACUUUGAAGAAGUACAGCACAGGCGGUCCGCCUGGCAGCAAUCCUCCGAUGUCUCGUUCAAGCUUCAUUUGCGAGCUUCGUCUAACCCGGAAGUUCGUCUCGAAUUACUGGUCGAACUGCCGGCCACCUACCCCAAAACCUAUCCGAACCUAUCCUUGGAAAAUCUAGAAGACCUACGUCAUGGAGCACAAUCGAGAAUCCAAGAUAUUAUUCAAAGCAAGCCUAAAACGUUACUCGGUACCGAGAUGAUUUACGAGCUAGCAGUAUCCAUCCAAGACGUUUUGGAGGAUGUAGCUCAGGCACGCGCUCAAGAUCAGGAUCUCCCUAGUUUGGAGGAAGAGCGAAUGGUACAAGAAGCAGCAGCCGUCCAACGAGCCGAGUUAGAAAGACAGGAAGAGCUCCGGCAACAGGAAGCUGCAACAGCAGAAGAGGAACGGGCAUUGCAACAGCUGUUAGAAGAUAGGGAACGAACAAAGGCACGGCUUUCGAGACGAAAGAGUCGAACAUCUGGAAUGGAUUCCUAUGGUACCAACGAUAUCGCUAGCAAUAUCCCGGGCGCAAUUUUCUUUGAACAGCAACUUGUCGUGAACAAUACAGACGAGCAACCGUUGGUCUUCCGAGCUGUUUACGGGAAAACAUUACUUCGAAGCGCCUACCACAAGGAGACAUUUACUGUGAGACCCGUUGUUUCUGAGAGUCGUUCUUAUGCCCCUCUUCUUGUAUUGAAAGAGCUCUUUCUGGACGAGGAGGGCCCAGAGACUUUGGCAUUUCGGGAGCAAAUGCGUACCAGUGAAGACAAGCUGGAGGCAUUGAAACGGCUACGUCAUCCAAAUCUUGUGGAUUUUGUUGGGUUCAAAAUACAUCGACCAAUCAGUCCGUACGAAUCUAAUGAGAACACAUGGAAGGUCCAUGCCCUUGUUGAGCAUGCCAACAAGGGUUCGUUGUCCGAAUUCCUGGAUAUCGUGGGAGCCGUUCCCGUUGAAACACUCCGUAGCUGGAUGAUCCAGCUUCUCGAGGCUCUUGAGUUUUAUCACCGCAGUGGCUUCGUCCAUGGUAAUAUCCACACUGGGCGCAUACUGCUAUUUAGAAACCUCUCCGGAGCAACCAUCGUGAAGCUGCAGGCUAGCAUUGAGGAAGCUCUGCCUGACCCUGCAGGCGGAAAACGGUCACUAACGACCCCCAAGUCACCAUUUUGGCUGCCUCCAGAGUUGACUCAGGAAGGUUCGCCGCCGACAAUGAAAACUGAUGUCUGGGAUCUGGGCAUAGCUUUUCUCCAAAUGGGGUUUGGAAAAGACGUUUUGACUCGAUAUACUUCAGCUAAUUCCUUGAUGGGAACUCUGGGGCUGUCUCCUGCUUUACAAGAUUUGCUGCAUGAAUUCUUUAGGCCAGACCCCAAGAAACGACCAACGGCUUUCCAACUUCAACCCUCGGAGUUUUUCCGUGUUGACACACCUUUGAUUGCGCGCACCAGUGCUUCGAGCUCAAUGUCGCUGCCGAGACGUCCGCGUCUUGACUCUCUCGGAGGCUUCCCCGCCUUUUCGCGAUACAAUCAAGACUUUGACGAAGCUGGCCGCUUGGGCAAAGGUGGCUUUGGCCAAGUUGUGAAAGCAAGGAAUAAGCUUGAUGGCCGCUUCUAUGCCGUUAAAAAGAUAUCACAAAAGUCAGCUGCUGCAUUGAAGGACACAUUGUCAGAAAUCAUGCUACUCUCGCGCCUCAAUCAUCCGUACGUAGUACGUUACUAUACUGCCUGGCUGGAGGAGGACUAUAACCACGUAGAUGAAGAUGCUAUUUCGUCUACGGGACGGUCCGGGGAUUCCGAACGGUCUACAGAAGGCGACCUAUUUGCCAGCAGAGAUCCAAACAGUUUUGGCUACAGUACGAGCGGCCUUGAUUUCAUCAGCUCUAGUGGCUAUCCGAAGAUUCAGUUUGGUUCGGACAGUGACGAAGAACACGAUGGAUCGGUGUCCAAUCGAGUCAGGGAGGAAACGUCUGAAACGUAUGGGUCUGAAAGUGAUUCAGAGACGGAACUUAGUCGAGUAAGGUCUAACUCGCAAGGGAGACCUGUUUACACCACGCUUUAUAUACAGAUGGAGUAUUGUGAAAAGCACACUCUUCGUGAUUUGAUAAAGAAUGGCCUGUACGAUGAUGUUGAUAGCAUCUGGCGGCUGUUUCGCCAGGUACUUGACGGACUGAGCCAUAUUCACAGUCAUGGUAUCAUACACCGCGAUCUGAAACCGGACAACAUCUUCAUUGACAUGGCCAACAACCCGCGCAUCGGAGAUUUUGGCCUUGCAACCAGUGGUCAGUUUAUGACCGCUGUACGCUCGUCUACAGCCGCCGAUUUCGAGGGAAACUUUACUCGCAGUUUAGGAACAACUUACUACGUUGCACCCGAAAUGAAGUCUGGUUUUACGGGUCAUUAUAAUGAGAAGGUUGAUAUGUAUUCUUUGGGCAUUAUCUUCUUCGAGAUGUGUCAUCCAUUGCCAACGGGUAUGGAACGUGACCAGACACUGAGGGAAAUGAGGGAGAAGGACCACGUUCUUCCUUCCACGUUCCAGCAUUCAGAGAAGGUAAUCCAAGGCAAAAUUAUUGAAUCACUGCUCAGUCACAAUCCAAGUGAACGUCCAUCGGCAGGAGAACUUCUUCACAGUGGGAACAUCCCUCUCCAGGUUGAAGAAGAGACUUUCAGACGAGCCAUUGUGCACUUGCUCUCAGAUCCAAACUCUCCAGACUACAAAAAGAUUUUCUCGGCGAUAUUCUCUCAAUCGCCUAAGAAGUUCGAGGACAUUGCCUGGGACAUGGACUCCCGCGGAGCACCAGCGGCCAAUGAGUUGCUGAUCCGGGGCCUGGUCAAAGAAAGACUAACUUCGAUAUUCCGCAAACACGGAGCUGUGGAGACUGCAAGACAGAUGCUUUUCCCCCGGUCUCAACACUAUAACAAUGGUGCUGUGAGGCUCCUGGAUCCAUCUGGCAAUCUACUUCAAUUGCCCUUUGACCUGACUCUACCGAACGCGCGUGCAAUCCCUCGCCAAGAUCCCUCUCUGGAGAAAACAUUCGCUUUUGGAACUGUUUAUAGAGAUAUGCCCCACGGUGGCGAGCCUAGGACGCAUAAAGAGGUCGAUUUUGAUAUUGUGUCCCACGACGCUCUGGAUCUGGCAUUGAAAGAAGCGGAAGUAAUCAAGGUACUUGACGAAAUCAUCGAAGAAUUUCCGCCCCUGAGGUCGACAUCAAUGUGCUUCUUGAUAAAUCAUUCGGAUUUGCUCCAGCUCAUCAUGGAGUUCUGCCGCAUCACACCCUCUCAAAUUCCAUUGGUGAAAGAGGUCGUCAGCAAGUUAAAUGUUGGCAAGUGGACAAUGCAAAAGAUCAGGAGCGAACUUCGAUCUCCCGCAAUCGGUGUCGCCUCUACCUCGCUGGAUGAUCUCGCAAGGUUCGACUUCAGAGACUCUCCGAAGCAAACACAAAAAAGGCUACGGGCAAUCAUGGAGGGCACCGAAUUUGCUGAACGAUUGACACCGAUAUUUGGACGCUUGAACCUACUCGUCGCCUACUUGCAACGAUUCAGCGUAAAGCGAAAGAUCUACUUCAAUCCUCUCAGCAGUCUGAACGACAAAUUCUUCAAGGGCAGUGUCCUUUUCCAGUGCGUGUUCGAUAAUAAGAGGCGGGAUGUUUUCGCUGCAGGAGGACGGUAUGACCGCCUCGUGCAAGAAUUUUGUCCAAAAGCCUUGGCGAGCCGUUCCCAGACACAUGCCGUGGGCUUCAAUCUGAGUUGGGAUAGGCUCAGUUCAGCGAUGCUUGAAUACCUGAAAGGCUCGACCAAGAUUUCUACCAAGCAUCCUGAGACGGAGACUGGGGCCUUUUGGAAGACUCGCCGGUGUGAUGUACUCGUUGCCAGUUUUGAUUCCACUGUUUUGCGCACGACGGGCGUCAAGAUAACCCAGGACUUGUGGGCAAAUGACGUCAGUGCAGAGCUGGCUGUAGAUGCCACCUCACUUGAAGAACUUUUGACCAAAUAUAAGGACCAUAACCAUAGCUGGAUUGUCAUUGCAAAGCAGGACAGCAAGGAGCGGGGGUUUAAAGUCAAGAGUCUCGUGCCAAAGGAAGAAUUUGACAUCAGGAGCUCGGAGCUUAUAGGUUGGCUUCGGCAUGAGAUUCGAGCGCGCAAUCAACGCGAGGGGACUCUUGACCAGACAAAACAGCCCAGGUUGCCCAAUCAGCCUGAUCCAAUCAGUUUACAUAGUGAACGGGCCAACGAUGUGCGAAUCCUGGUACCCCAGCACAGGAGCAAGAAGAGUAAUAGAAGGAACAUUGUUGAGUCUGCUCUUUUCCGUUCCCGCGAAGUCGUUGAGCAGGCGCUACAGGGCCCUAUUGUGGCCAUUGAUACCCGAGAUGAGGUGCUCGAGACCAUUCGAGACACUCGUCUAUCGGACCCCGAUAGUUGGCGCACUGUGAUUCAACAUGCGCCCCUGACUGAGCGAAAAUACCUCAGUCAGGUUCAUGAGCUUCUCUGCGAUCUUGCUAAUGAGAGUUCUGCAGUUGCUGAUAGCACGGGUAGCUUCAACAAUGUCUUUAUAUAUAGUUACCGCACAGGAUCGUGUCUAAAUUAUGAUCUUGGGCGCACGGCAGACAGGUAAGGUGGGUAGGAAGGGGUAUAAAAGAGAAAAAGGCAAAAAAAA